GAAUGGUUAUUCAAUCAAUGUUUUAUUUCUCGAAAGCAUGUUGAACUUGAAUUGAACAUGGUAAAGGAAAAAAAUUGAAGCCGGAAGUGAAAUUUUAUGGUGCAAGUACAGGGGAAUUCGUGUUAGUGUUUUAAGUUAUCAUUAGGUCUGUUAAAUUUCAAGAAUGACUGUCUCCAAGUCCGGUGUACUAAAGUUGUAUAAGGCCCUUAUACGAGAGGGCUCCAAGUUUCCAUCUUAUAAUUACAGGAUGUAUACACUACGAAGAGUACGAGAUGCGUUUCAUGAAAACAAGACCACAACUGAUCCCUCAAAAAUAGAAGAACUUUACAAGGAAGGAUUAUCAAAUUUAGAAAUUAUUAAAAGACAGGUUGUAGUCAAUCAAUUAUUUAGACCUGAAAAACUCAUCAUUGAAGCAGAAAAAUGAUGUUGUACCGCGCAUGGGUGCGAGUACCUGCUGUUUAAAUUGCCCAGUCCUUUGAAGAUACCGUUCUUGGCUACCAUUGCUACCAAAGAAAACUGGAAUUUUCAUGCAAGACGACUGCUAGCAAUGCCUAGUAUCUUCAAAUUAGUUCAAGAUUUCUUUAUUUCAAUUUAGUAGUAAGUACUGCAUCUUUAUCUAUACAUGAAGAACAGAAGCAUAAUUGGGUGUUUCUGUAUGUACCUUCAAGUAUUUUCUUCUUUUUUCUUUUUUCUCUUUCACCAGAGGCCCUUAAUUCAAUAUUCAUUUACGACGCCUGCAUUAUCGCUAUUUCUUGUUGCAAUUUUCUCUUGUAUCCCUGUGAAAAUCGUUUAAGAGGAAAAUCUUAAACUUUCAUAUGGUUGGAGACAUAAUAUCAUCAUCCUAAGUCCGCUGUCUCUAAAAGUACCGCAUAUUGAGGGGUGAUUCACAUCCGAAAAUGGUUCAAGUCAAAGUCACUUUGGAAUUCGAAGUUUUUCUUCCUAAACAGAGGUCUCUAGGUGUUAAAGUGUCUGUAGCAUCUGAAUACUGUAUCAGCAUCAAACAAUAUCCUUAAACCAAUCCUAUCAACAGCGACCAAAACCUGCUCAUAACCAUGGACAUAGAAUAAAUAUCAGCAAAGAUUUAAGUUCUCAAAACAAGUGGCAAAUUCUUCUUCGGAUGAAAAGGAAUGAGGAGCCUGUCUUGAAGAUGCCAAGCUGGAGCAUAAGGAACACACGCAAGAGUGGAAAUUAAGUCCAAGCAUCCAUUCUAAGAACAAGCAUACUUGAAGGCCCUUGCAUAGUUAGAUCAAUCCUCUAGCACUGUAAGCACGUGACACUGCAUCAAAGAAAAUUGCUCCCAGACUCUUCUUAUUCCAGUGGGUGGAUUUGAACAACAAUGGAAGGAAAUCUUACUGCUAUUUGAUAUCUUAUUUUUAUCUGCAAUGGUAUAUCUUGUCUCUUAGCUAUUCAAAUGUUUACUGGUUCUAUUAUCCUUUUUUCUAGUAGAAAAGUAUUUUUCACUAGGCUUUGUGUUCCACAGGAACUUGAAUACUAAUAUUUGUAAAUAAUGAAUAGGCCUUUUUACCACAUACUGUUCUCUAAAACCGCUGAAAAACAUUCUGCUCUGUAAUUUCUGAAAAUUCAGCACAGUAGAAUUUCUGGUGAUUCAGACAUACCUGGGAUAUGCAUGAAAGUUCUAAGUUUAUUUGCGUCCUAACUUUUUUUCAACUUUAUCCUUUAGCACGCUGAUAGUUAAAUUUUUUCCGCAAAAGUCAGCCUCAUGAUAAGCAAAAUUGUAAUCAUUUUGGAAAUCUCUUUACUUUACCAUUUUAGAUUUAUGGCUAAAGCUUGUCCUUGUAAUACAUACUUAGCACCUAUCUAUUCCUGUACCUAUGAAGGAUUUGAUGCUAAGAUCUUUUUCAUUGUCAAAAGGUGGAAUCAUUGUUCAAACUUUAAGUUCCUUAUUCUUUUCAUAGUGUGUGUGAUAUUCAUUUGUUAAUACAUUUUUGGUGUAUUUUUUCAUUUUACAAUACCAUUACUCAUAUUACACCUGCGUAGGCACCAAAGAAGCUUCAAUAUCUAUGAAAUAGGUAGUUCAGACAAUUUUUUCUCCUUCGUUUUUUUUUUUUUUUUUUUUUUUUUUUGCCCUGUGAGUUUGCCCAACCAACUACGUAAUAGUGAUUUUGAGAAAUUUUAACUGAAGAGAGGACUAGAGAAUCAUCUCAUUUUGAAUGGUGUUAAUGUAUGCUCUUACACUUUGCCUAUGCUCAAAAAGGGGAAAUUUGGAUGAAAUUGUUUAAAUUUUAAGAACAUUAAAUUUCAAUGUGACUGAUGACUAGGUCCACUGACCUGACAAUUGUAAUACAAGGUGGUUUGUCAACAAUGACCUGUUUUGAUGCCAGGACUGAAGGCCAAGAUUCAUAAUUUUUGGUCAAAAACUUCCCAGGCGAUUUCGACUUCUGAACUGUAUUUACACCCUUAAAUUGCACUGUGUACACUAUUUAGAAUGAAGAUGAUUGAAAUAUACUUUUAUUUUCAAUUUUUCUUCAAUUAAUGGCACAUUUUUAUAGGAAUACCUAAUUGUGGAUUUAGACAUCUAUGCACCUUUUUUCGGUAAAAAUUUGAUAGGCUGUAAAAUUUCACUAUCAAUACACAACAAAGGAGCUUUUAUGUACGUACGUAAUACACAACAAUCUGUCCUUAUGGUCAUUUUAAUACACCUAGGUAUUAUAUAAUUCCUCUAAACAUCUGCUGUUCAAAUUUUCUGGACAUCUUAUUUGAGUUUUUAACAAGCUUGUAUCGUUAAAGUAAUGAUCUGGAAGUAACUAAGACAGAAUACCAUUGUAUCUCAAAUGUAUACCAUCCCCUUAGUAUACUUCAUCAAUUCUUUUAACGCUUAAAAUUCCAUACUCCUUGUUUAAGUGGAACACCAUGCAGCCAGUAUUAUCAUGCCACACCAUUGCUUUUGACAUAUUGCUGGGUAGCACCUUAAUAUUGUAACAUGAAAUUAAUUCAAAACAUGGUUGGGACUGCUCUAAACAAGUGAAGUAGAUAGAUCCAGCUAAUCGAACACCAGUUUUUGUUUUUAUACAUCACUGCUUUCUUAGAAAAAACAAAAAUACAGUAAAAGUUUUGAUAGGGACGCCCAUAUUCUUCAGUACUGGAAAACUUAAGGAAAUCUCAAGUAAACCAAAUAAAAUAGCAAACAAGCAAUCUGGUCACAUUUUGAAAUUAGAAACGAACAAAAUCUAGUGUUCUUAAGAUCUAUAUGGCUGACAGUAACCAUCAUCAAAUACAAAUUGAUGAAUUUAACAAUGUACUUACACUACAGAGAAAAUAGAGGCAGAGGGAUAUUUAAUUUUUGGAUCAAUGAAUCUCGGACCCCAGUCUUUAAGAUUUUCAAGACAGUGACCCACUGUUCAAAAAUUGUGUUACAAAAUCUACAAAAGAAUUGCUAAUUAUUUCAUUAAAAAGGCUGGUUAACUGCAGGUUCACAAUUAACAUCUAUCUUGAGCUCUGAAGAAAAUUAAAGAUGAUUAUGAACAAUUUUCCCCCAUUUAAAAUUUUGGUUUUAGUAAUACUGUUUUGUUUAAUUUUGUUAAGAUACUCUAAAUUUCAAACAUGGAAUAUUGAAAUGUCAUCAAUUCUUACUUCCAUACAUAGCUGCAGUGUAGACUGAUCUCGCCCUUAGAUGAAAUAUCUUUUAAGAAUGUGUUCUUCUAGUUUGUAUACUUUGCUGUCACCAGAGUUACAUGUUUGUUUGUUAAGUGUUAACAGAUUUUGUUUUAUUUCUAUGAAAUAAAAUUUAUUUUAGAUUAU